AUGCUACGCUCGCCACUUGCUGUAUCUGCGAUCAUCGCGCUCGCCCCUCCAUUGCUCUUCAACGCUGCAAUACGAUUGCACUGGACCAACUUCCUCUGGGCUUUCCCACUGCUUUUGAUCAGCUGGACGGUGGUGCUGUUUGCCGCCUUCUUGUUUGCCAGCCACAUCGCCGACAUCCGAACAUUACGUCGGACUCGGCGGUCCCGUAAUAGCCUCAGAUCUCUACCACGCCUCGCUUUCCUCACUCCUGCAGCCUGCAAGUGGCAUACUCCCUUGGCAACCGGAUCGCUAGAGUCUUCACCGAGUGAUUCCGCCCCCGAAUUCGUCCAGGCAGUUGAACAGACCAUUCGUAACGCACUCGACCGGGUCGCCGCUCUCGUCACGCAGCUCGAUUAUGCCGAUCUGGUUGUGCGUAGACUGAUUCCUCGCAUCACCAACCACAUCCACUCCUACCGUAAGGCUGAGGCCGACUUCCGCGGCUCUUCCGAAAAUGCACAGCUUGCUGGCUCCGAAAGCGAUCAGACGGAUCUGUUUCUGGCUCGCAAGUUUGAAGACGGACACCUCCAUCCUGCUGUGGGCGACAUGAGCAGCCCCAACACCAAACCCGCCGAACAGGCUUUUCUUCGAUCCGUCUGUUCGCGUCUGCUUCGUGCAUUGAUGCCGUUCCCCGAAAGCGAAAGCGCUUCGGUGCACAUUGUCGUGCGCGAGCUGCUCAGCUGCACCAUCCUCUUUGCGGUCAUUGAAUCUAUCAGCGAUCCCGACUUUUGGAACAACCUGAUCGAGCAAAAGGCCGGCGCCGUCAUCCACGAACAGAUCCUCGUCGGCAAACUGCGCGACGCUCUGGAUAAGCAAGAAUCGCUCUCAACUGCCAAAACUGGCCGGACACGAACAGUACCCUUCGUCGACAUCGAUGCCAAGAACUUACUGCCUUGGUCACAAGAGACCAAGAAGCCGGAUCAAAAGUCAUUCGAGGCCUUCCUGCGAUCCAUCAGGCACACCACUUCUCUGCUCGAAGUUCGCAGGAUUAAGAACGACAUUGCUGUGCAGAUCAGAAAGACAAAGGCCAAUCUGGAACGUCUAUCAGAUGACCCUUCAGACGCUUCUCGCGCUAAACUUCAAUCUUACCUGCAUCGGCUCGAAGCGGCUUAUACUGUCGCAGAGCACAAGAUUGCGCAGCUAGGUUCGGACACGGGCAUUCCUACGGUCUCUGCGAAGGCUUCGGCUGGUGCUGAUCCAAAUGCCUCUCGUGUCAAGUUGCACGAUGUGCUCCUCAAUCCUUCCAGCCUGUCGUUCUUCAUGGAGUUUAUGGAUCGUCGCAAGAGAUCCAUCUUGGUACAGUUCUGGCUUCUGGUGGAGUCCUUCAAGAACCCACUUGAGGACACUGAAGCAGAUCCCUCAGCCAAAGACGAACAACUCAAUGCUUCCUCAGGCGCCUUGUCGCCGUCUCGAGCAGCGAUUCAUACGUUGAAAGAGGAGAUCCGCAUGUUUGACCAAGUCUAUUACGCUUCACCUUUGAUCAAGGUCUCUAAGCGAUACGUCGACAGUGCUCGGCAGUUCCUUGCCAUAGGCCAAGACGCUCCCAUCGCAGCAUUGCAAGUGUGGCAGGUCAGGCGGGACGUCCUUCGCGCUCAGAAGGAGAUCUACGAGGAGAUGGAGGAGGAAGACUGGCCAAGUUUCCGUCAGAGCGAUCUGUUCCUCAAAGCCGCACAGGACUUGCAUCCCAAUGCACACCUGGCCGCUGGCCUGGCCUCCAGCGUAGGCUCACUCGCGGCAGAACCGUCAGGGUUCAUGAACCACAAACACACUGAAUUGUCCGAUGGCCUUCAGCGUCCAGGUCGUUCGAUUAAGCCCAACGUCGAGCACGCUGACCUUUUUGGUACAGACAAACCUAUGGGCUCAGAAUCGAAACAGUUGGAUCUGUUUGGCGACUCUCUCACAGGCAGCAGAUCGAAAGCAAGCGCAAAGUCGGAUAACCUCGACAUUCUGAUAGGCGGACGCACACAGCACGCUGGACCCGACGGAAGGACACCGCUCUUCCGCGAAGAUCCCCUCUUUGACGAGCACGACGAUGAGAACGACGGACAGACUGAGGAAGAACGCGGAGACAACAGUUCCGACGUCAUCCAGGUGGAACAGGUGAACGAGCUGCACAGCGUACUGCAGAGUAUCAUCGACGAUGAUAUCGACAAGACCCGAAAGCGCCCGGCUGGGCUCGGAUCUACAGGACCCGAUUUGGGCGGCAGAUCAAGUCGCAGCAGCGACAAGGACUCGUACCAUCCUUCGACUGACAGCAAGAGAGGUAGUGUAGUCGCCAACGAGAGCGAGACUGUUGUUCAACCGGGGACACCACGUGGAAGCAAGGGAGGUACCGGGACUGAUUCAGCGACUGCAAAUGCCGGCUUUGCCAGCUUACCGAGCUUCAACCUGAGCCAGGAGCUCCAAAAGAUGGAUGCGCAGCUGGAAAAACUCGAGGCGCAAGCCGACAUCUUGGAUGCGCUGGCUCGGAAAGCUGAGCUCACAGGCGCGAGAAGUAGCGAGACUCGACUGCUUGCGCAAUCCAUCCAAGCGGUCCGACGAGAGUCUCGCGAUAUUCGGUGGCAGCGCAGCCAGCUCGAGCAGCAGAUGGCGGCGACACAGCUCAUACCGGGGCAAACAAGGGUGUCGAUCCAAGAUACCAUGAUCUCGGUAGAUCAGGAAGGCAAAGAAUAUGCUGUCUACCUUAUUGAGAUUGGUAUUUUGGAUCAAGACGCGAGCAAGCCGAGCAAGCCGAGCGGGCAGAGCAAGGGUAGAGGGGUUGGUGCUCCGACGGCUCCGACGGCUCCGACGGUUCCAACGGCGCGCGGCUGGAUUGUGGGUAGAAGGUACUCGGAGUUUUGGUCGCUGCAUCAAGCAUUGAAGGAGCGAUUCGCCGCGGUGAGGGCGCUCGAGUCGGAUUUUCCGGGAAAGAGACUGGUCGGACUGGUGCAUGCGCCAUUUGUCGACGCAAGAAAGGCGGCACUGGAACGCUAUUUGCAGGCGCUGGUCAAGCUCAAAGUGGCAUGCGAGAGCGAGGAGCUACGGAUCUUUCUUUCGCAGACUGCAAUUGCGACAAUGAACGGGAUGGCAGCACAAACCACGAACGACAGCGUCGGCGCGGCUCAGCUGACAAGCGCUGGGACGGCGACACCCGGUAAACAGCUGAGUGCAUUCCCUGGAGGCGGGUUGGUCAAGACGCUCUUCAAGGGCAUGAGCGGCGUCGCUGAGGGUCUGGACGACUUGAUCGGAAUAGGACCGUCGAUGCUCGAUGUCGUGGUACAACGGCUAUCUGCGCAAAUGCAGAUCAAGUCCGGAACCACACUGGUGCAAGGGAUCGCCGACAUCGACAUGGUCUCUCAAGCGAUGGACAAGGACGCCACGCCGGCCGAGCUUCGCGAAGCAGCUGGUGCCGGUACGACCUACUGGACCGAACCGAUCUGCGACCUGUUUACCGAGCUGUUUGAGCUGCACGAGAAAAACAACUGGCUGCGUCGUCAAGCGAUCGUAAUCCUGCUUCAACAACUGUUCGGCUCUACGGUGGAACGCAAGAUCCGCGAGACGUUUUCGUCGGCGCUAUCACCACUCGCCAUCUCGCACUAUCUCGCAUCGUUCCAAUCAAGCCUCUGGCCCAAUGGAGCUCUCAAACACCCAUCGCCCGCCAGAAGCUGGCCCGAAAAACUCGCGCUCAGAGAAACCGCAAACGCGAAACUCGCCAACCUCAUCCCGGACCUCGCUGCCAACCUGGUCGGACGGGAAAACGCGCGCACAGGCUCAAGAAGACUGUUUGCCGCGCUCCAGAAUAAACGACUCAACAAACACCUCAUCUACACCUUGCUCGAUAUCUUUGUCCAGGAUCUCUUGGCCGUCGACCAUGAUCCACCGCCAUGA